AAUACUCUGGUUUUCAAUUACCAUAGUUUCAAAAAUACUUUGCUGCCAAACUAAGCCCUAACUCUUCCCUCCUUUGCAAUCCCCACUGCACACAGCACACUGGCGACCUAAACCGGCCCCUCCAUCCCCUGCUGCCACAGUGCUCUCAAGUCUCGUCUCAUCCUGUCCCACCGAGAAAGAACGAGAAUGCCGCGCCACCUGCUGCAGCAGCCCGUCGACCGCCUGGCCGCGAUGGCCGCCGCGCCGGCCGUGGUGGCCGGCGGUGCGACGAGCGUGUACACGGACACGCUGCUCAUCCUGGCGGCGGUGCUCUGUUUCGUGCUCUGCGUGGUCGGGCUGGGGAUGGUCGCGCGCUGCUCCCGCAUGUGCAACCCCUCCGCCUUCUCCGUCGACGCGCCGGGUGCAAUGGCCAAGUCGCCGUGCAAGGGGAUGAAGAAGAAGGCGCUGGAGUCGCUGCCCACCGUGUCGUGGCAGCCGGAGCCGAGGAAGGUGGACGAGGAGCGGCCGGAAUGCGCCAUCUGCCUGGCGGAGUUCACGCGCGGCGACGAGGUGCGCGUGCUCCCGCACUGCGGACAUGGCUUCCACGCCGCCUGCGUCGACGUGUGGCUCCUCUCCAGCUCCACCUGCCCGUCCUGCCGCCGCGCCCUCGUCGUCGCGGCCGCCCAAUCGCCGGCAGCCACCGAGUCUCCCCCUCCCCAGACGUGCCGUGAGCGUGCCGACGUAGUCGCGGCUGCGCAGGCCUCGGCCGCCGGCACAGUGGCCGACGAGUCCGGAGUCCGGACGAGGCGCUUCCACCUCUGACCUUUCUUUUGUCAGCUACUCCCUCCGUAGUGUCAAAAACGUUUUUAUAUUUUGAAACAGAGGGAGUAGCUCUCUGUCGUUGGUACUUGUGCAGCUGGUAGGUACACGUACGUACAAAAUGCAACUGUACAGCGUGCG